UACAUUUGUUCUUCUUCCUCACAAGGAACCAGAAGUGAGUUUUGAAGACGAAAAAAUGUCCAUGGCUUCUUCCUUGCUUCUCUCUCCACUUUCUUGCCCUACUCUUGCUAAUAAUCCCUCUCAUAUUGUACUCAAUAAAUCAACUUUCCUUCCCACCCCCAAUUUCUUCUUUUCAGAUUCUCUUCAUAGACCCAACGCCGGCGUUCGAGGAUAUUCUUACAGCUCUCCGGUAGCCCAGUCUUUCAACCAUAUACCCAAACAGUUCAGACAAGACUAUCUCAAAGAUGGACUACUGAACAACUAUAAGAAUGCCCCUCAGUAUCUUUACGGCCUUUCUCCGUCACAGAUGGAUAUGUUCAUGACAGAAGAUAACCCAGCCCGGCGACAGUCGGGAAGCGUCACUGAAGAGAAUAUAUCUUCAUCCCAUAACUAUCUGAAAAAUGGUGGAAUGUGGAGUAUGUCAGGCAUGAAUAAACAGGGCCCUUCAACAUGCAGCAUGAGCGUCAGCAUGUACGGAGGAGGAGGAGCAAGAUCUGAUAGAUCCCCAACUGCGCCUCCUGAUUUGCCAUCUUUGCUUUUAGAUGCUAGAAUUGUCUAUCUGGGCAUGCCUAUUGUAGAAGCUGUUACAGAGCUUAUUGUUGCACAGUUUAUGUGGUUGGAUUUCGAUAAUCCAACAAAGCCCGUAUACCUAUAUAUAAAUUCAUCUGGUACCCAGAAUGACGAAAUGGAGACUGUCGGUUCUGAAACAGAGGCAUAUGCCAUUGCUGACAUGAUAAGAUACUGCAAAUCAGAUGUAUAUACGGUAAACUGUGGCAUGGCUUUUGGUCAAGCAGCAAUGCUUCUGUCACAAGGAAAGAAAGGGUUCCGUGCUGUGCAGCCAAAUUCAUCUACCAAAUUGUAUUUACCCAAGGUCAGCAAAUCCAGUGGAUCACCGACAGAGUUGUGGAUAAAGGCCAAAGAACUAGAAUCAAACUCAGAGUAUUACCUUGAGCUAUUAUCAGAAGGAAUUGGAAAACCAAAGGAAGAAAUAAAGAAAGAUAUCCUACGGCCUAAAUAUUUCAGGGCGCAAGAGGCCAUUGACUAUGGCCUUGCAGAUAAGAUAAUUAGUUCAAGUGACGAUGCAUUUGACAAACGGAACUAUGAAGAGAUGCUCAUCCAAUCUAGAAUGUCGAGACCAGGUGCUCAAGCUGCUCCCUCCGGGUUCAGGUGAAUGAAAGAGUGAUAAUGAUCCUGAACUUUCAGAAACAACUGAUGUUCCUGUCUAGUUCUGAGGAUCAAAGUGUCUGGUUACUUGUCUGUGCACCCAUGGUAUAAAACUUGGGUAUAUGAUUUUACGACUAUCGUGCAGUGGUUGGUGAAAA